CAGGCGGCUCAUCUGCGAUGCGGAAGGAGGUCAUCCGGAACAAGAUCCGUGCCGUGGGGAAAAUGGCCCGCGUCUUCUCUGUUCUCAGGGAGGAAAGUGAAAGUGUGCUGACACUGAAAGGCCUCACCCCGACCGGAACCCUUCCUGUGGGAGUGCUGUCGGGGGGGAAGCAGACCCUGCAGAAUGCUACCAUUGAAGCAGCUAAAGCAAAAGGUACGCAGUGUGACUCAAAUUCCUUGUCUGUGUUUGUGUUUGUGAUUUUCUUGCCCUUUAAAGAGAGAAAAAUCCCCAAUAUGCUGACUUUUAUUCCUUGUUUGUAUCUUCACUGUUGUGCAUCUACUGACCAUCAUCUGGCUGAUGGAGGAUUUUAUAUUUAGAUCACAGCUUCUUGCACUGAUGUCUGUAAAAUCUACUUUUUAGAGAUGCACCAAUCAGGCUUUUCCUGGCUGAGAUGGUUUCUACUUUUCUUUAUGGUUUGAUGCAUUGAUCCAGAGAGCAGAGCCGCCUCAGGCACUCACCGUCAUCUCUUUGGAAUCACCUCCUUUCAGGCUUUUAGCUGAGAAUAUUUCACAGGGUGCACACCUUGCUGUAGCACAUCUUUAGGUUUUGCAUGGCGUAAAUGUUCAAAUUUUCCGGAAACAAUAUUAUGUUUCAUAGAUUCAUUCAACCAAUCAGAAAGUGUAAAAUC